AUGGUAUCUCUGAGUAGUGCAGAAGCAAAAUACAGAGCACUAGCGCUUGGUAUCUGUGAAGGAAUGUGGAUCAAAAAAUUUCUCAAGGAGCUUGGAAUUAUGGGAGAAAAUUCUAUCAAGAUGUUCUGUGACAAUCAAGCUGCAAUCAGUAUCGCAAACAUUCUCACCAAGACUCUCCCUAAGUCAAGUUUUGAUGAGCUAACCAACAAGUUGGAUAAGCUGACCAGAUUUCAACCUUUCUGUUAUAACCAGGAAGAGUUACUUUUGGAGCAUUUUGGCGAACUGAUUAAAUUUGUCAAGAACCGGGCAUUGGAAGAAACGAGUUCCAGCAUCGAAAAAUCAGCGGUUUCCGACGUCGAACCGUUAGUGAAGGACUUUGCCAGCAGGUGGAAGAAUGCAAUAGAGCUCAUGCACAGGGAUGUCAUUACAUCCUUCAGCAACUUCCUGUGUGGGAUGGAUAUACUGAAAGCUGCUCUGACACAACUACUUCUGUAUUAUACAAGGCUCUCAGAAAGCGUCAAGAAAAUUGCUGGCGGAUCAGUUCUUAACAAGGACCUGGUAUCAAUUUCUUCUAUUUUAUAUGAGAUCAAAAAAUAUUCCAGAACAUUCUAGAUCUUUCGAAAUCCUCAUUGAAAUUGGUUCUGCCGAGUCUCUCUUGAACAUGCUUCCUUCUCAUUCUUUGUUUGCACAAUAAAGUUAGUACUGGUUGUCUAUUCUGCUAUUUUGUUCUGCUUUCUGAGAAGGGAAAAUGUUGUGUUUUUUGCUUAUAAGAAUGUAAUUUAUGAUUUUAUUUGAAGGUUUGUAGUGAAAAAAAAAUGAACUUUGGCAUA